GAGUUGAUCUCUUCCCGACCGUGUUCUCAAGGCCUGCAGGUCCACGAUCUAGCGAUAUUAGCGACCCACUUCGGAGUCCAACCGACCCUACAAGUGCCAUAAGUCUCUGGAUCAGUGAAGCCUUAGCUUUGCCUCCCGCCAUCUCCCUGGUGUUCUCAGGGAGGCCGGUUCGCAUGUUUGCCGAGUGGAUAUUCGAACAUACAGUGAUUCCCGACGCGCGCUCCCGGCACGCCCUCGAAGUAGCCUGCGCCCGCGGCAUGUUCAGAGCUCCCCAUCCCAUGAGGGAAUAUCCACAGCUAGAGCCCCUUGAGCCGGGUGCUAAAGGCAGCUACUUCCACAGAGGAGUUGCUGAUGCGAUCCGGGAGAUGGUUGAGAACCAGGGCAGUGAGACGGGUCAGAUACGCUGCGACUUCGAUCUUGGGCCCUCGUGGGAUGUCGAAGAGAUCAUCCGCGAACGCAGUGGGUGGACUCGUAAAAUGUGGCGGAAAAGCGGAAACUGGAAGACCUUCAUCGACCACUGUGGCUGUCGCGAGAUAUUGGAUUACGAGAUGGUCAGUCUCUAUGACAUACCUGAAGAAGCUUACCUAUAGGUUUCUGAAUUGUAUGAUAGAAAUUUAAUUUAUCACGCGUUUUUCUUCUAGUAAUUACUUACUUCU